GGGGGGGGGGGUGUCCUGUUUGUAUUUUUGCGCGUCUAACGGUAGUCAACUAUAAAAUCGGGCUUACAGAUGCCGGCACUAUUGAAGCUUUUUUUUUUAAUUGCCGCGAACGUCCAAAAAAUCGGUGUGUCGUGUACUCUGUGGACACCGGCUGUUACAUAGUUUUCGCGGCAAGGCAUGGACACUCUCGGGCUUGGACAACCUCGCCUGCAACCAAGCACAGAUACAAAUGUCCCUUAACUGGGUUUGGGCCGGCGUUUCCGAACCCUGCCUGACCUUGGAGGUUGGCAACGGUGCGCCCGACCGGGUUACGCAGGUUGUACAACGCCUAGGGGUUACAGGUCACUUUAACCCCCCCGUAACCGUGCCCACUGGCCAAAUGUGCCUCUGCAGACGGCAUCAAACACGAAUGACCCAAAACACCGCGGGGUUCAAAGACAUCUUCCCGGACACGCCGGAGAGCCUCGAAAAGAUGAUGUCCAUCAUCGUGCGCGUGGCCGGCCUGUUCGGACUGAUGGUAUCGGAGCCAAAGACGGAGAUCAUGUGCAUGCUACCGAAAGGGCUGGGGGAACGCCCGUUCGCGGUCAGCGCCGCUGGCCAGACGUACAAGCAGACAGAUCGGUUUGUGUACCUCGGACGUACCAUCUGCGCGGAUGGGAAGGUCGACCGGGAGAUCACGAGCCGCAUCUGCCGAGCAUGGAAGUGCUACCGCCGGAACAGCACUUCGAUGUACGACAGGAAACGGGCCAACCGCCAGCUCAAGAUCCGACUACUCCAGGCUGAAGUGGUGCAGACCCUCCUAUACGG